AUGCUAACGAUCUCACUUCUCGUUUUGCAAAAUUUCCGGACUGGCAAGGUGUCCUACGUCCUGGCUUGGAAGGUCACCCUCUGUCAACCCCGGGGGAGAAAGACAUUGGUUAUCAAGGAAAAGGAAAUGGCUCAUCGAAUUCGCAUCUGGCCGGACAAAAUUGCUGAGGAUGUCUACGUUGGCUUUUGGGGUACUGUGGGUGACAUCGCUGACAAAGGAGAAGAGAAGCUUCAAGAAGUGAAUACUUCAAGUGGCUCUUUAAAGAAGGAUACUGCUGGGAGUCCGCCUUAUUCCAAACAAAGUACACCAUGCAAUGAAGCUGGAGAUCUUUCCAAGAUAUUCCCUCCAAGCCAAGGGGAAAAGGAAGGUCCGGAUCAUCAAGUCCCGGAAAAGGAAGCUGGCCAAGAAGAUGUCAUAGAAAUGGAUAACGGUGCAUCUAAACAAGAGUGCAGACGUGUCCCCAAAGCAGCGCCUCGCAAAAAACAUCAACUUCAACCUGUUGGUGACUCAUUAGGGGAGCCUAAAGGAAAGGAUCUAGAUACGAAUGAGAUAGAGGUCGGUGAACGCUAUGAGACCCACUGGGUUGCCUAUCAGCAAGGAAACACACUAGCGAUAGGUUUAUCCUUCAAGAUAUGCAACCCGACGGAGAGUUGCGGAGAGCUGAAACUUGGCAUUGACGUGGCCACUGGAUCUCUGAGUUCAUGA